UACUCGCGGAGAAAUAAAGUCAGACGUUCUUGAGACAGACUCAUAUUACUUGUCGUGUCACUGGUGCUCACUUCCCUGUUAGGUGUAGGGUUGCUCUUAGGGGGAAGAGGGGUUGGUGGUGUCUGUGGCCCUAUUUGAGUCAGUUUUGGAAGGUGUGCAGGAUGGCGCCAGACAAGACAGGGGAUGAACUUGUUUUCUUUGUGAAUGGUAAAAAGGUGGUGGAAAAAGAUGUGAACCCAGAAACAACUCUGCUAACCUAUCUAAGAAGAAAAUUGGGCUUAUGUGGAACCAAGCUAGGCUGUGGAGAAGGCGGAUGUGGUGCUUGCACUGUUAUGAUAUCCAAGUAUGAUCCGUUUCAGAAGAAAAUCAUCCACCAUACUGCCAACGCUUGCCUCUUCCCCAUCUGUGCUCUGCAUCAUGUAGCUGUAACUACUGUUGAAGGCAUAGGAAACACAAAAUCCAGAUUGCAUCCAGUCCAGGAGAGAAUAGCAAAAAGUCAUGGGUCCCAGUGUGGCUUUUGCACUCCAGGCAUUGUCAUGUCCAUGUACACAUUGCUUCGGAACAAACCUGAACCCGACAUGGAGGACAUAGAAGAUGCUUUCCAAGGAAACUUGUGUCGGUGUACAGGAUACAGACCCAUUCUGGAGGGAUAUAGGACAUUUGCUAAAAACUCAAAUUGCUGUGGCAGAGCAACCCAUGGCACAGGAUGCUGUCGUAGUAAGAGGGAAAAUAGCAUGAAUGGGAGUUGUUGUGGAGGAAAGGCCAAUGGUCCAGGCUGCUGCAUGAAUGAAAAAGAGGACAAGGUGACAAUGAUGUCUUCCAGCCUGUUCAAUUCUUCUGAGUUCCAGCCGUUGGAUCCUACACAAGAACCAAUCUUCCCACCAGAGUUAAUGAGUCAGAAAAACAAACAGCAGAAGCAGCUGUGUUUCAAAGGUGAACGUGUAAUGUGGAUCCAGCCUACAACUCUCCAGGAACUGGUGGCCCUCAAAUCCCAAUACCCCAAUGCCAAACUUGUUGUAGGGAACACGGAAGUGGGUGUUGAGAUGAGGUUAAAGAACAUGUUGUAUCCAGUGAUAAUAGCACCAGCAUGGAUCGCUGAAAUGAACGCUGUUCAACAUACUGAAACAGGGGUCACCUUUGGCGCUGCCUGUACUCUAAGCUCAGUAGAAGAGGUGCUGAGAAAAGCAGUGGCAGAGCUUCCUUCUUACAAAACAGAGGUCUUCAAGGCUGUCCUUGAACAGCUACGGUGGUUUGCAGGGCCACAGAUCAGGAAUGUUGCAGCUCUUGGUGGGAACAUAAUGACAGCAAGCCCAAUCUCUGAUUUAAAUCCUGUGUUAAUGGCAAGCGGAAGCAAAAUGACCCUGGUAUCAAAAGAAGGCAAAAGGACAAUCAUGAUGGAUGAGAAAUUUUUCACUGGAUACAGAAAGACAACAGUGAAGCCCGAGGAAAUACUUCUCUCUGUUGAAAUACCCUACAGCAGGGAGGGUGAAUACUUCUCAGCCUUCAAGCAGGCUUACCGUCGAGAGGAUGACAUUGCUAUCGUGACCUGUGGCAUGAGAGUCCUGUUCCAAGCUGGCACUAGCCGAGUGGAGGACAUUAAACUAAGCUAUGGAGGAAUGGCUGCUACAACGAUCCUGGCACUAAAAACUUGCCAAGAGCUCAUUGGCAGAGACUGGAAUGAGAAGCUGCUGCAGGAUGCCUGCCGCUUGCUGGCAGGUGAGAUGGACCUGUCACCUUCUGCACCUGGUGGAAUGGUGGAUUUCCGACGCACACUCACACUCAGCUUCUUCUUCAAAUUCUACCUGACUGUCCUUCUGAAACUGAACAAGCACCACAACGGCCCUAACAAUCUGUGUGAGCCUGUCCCCUCAAACUACAUCAGUGCUACAGAGCUGUUUCACAAAGAUCCCAUUGCAAAUGCCCAGCUCUUCCAAGAAGUGCCCAGGGGGCAGGCGGCUGAAGAUAUGGUGGGCCGGCCUUUGAUGCACGUAUCAGCAGACAAACAAGCAUGUGGAGAGGCUGUUUACUGCGAUGAUAUCCCUCACUAUGAGAAUGAGCUGUAUCUAACGCUGGUGACUAGCACCAAAGCCCAUGCUAAAAUCAUUUCUAUAGAUGCUUCUGAAGCCCAGAGCGUUCCUGGGUUUGUGUGUUUUGUCUCCGCUAAAGAUGUUCCUGGCAGUAACGUCACUGGCAUCGCUAAUGAUGAGACUGUAUUUGCUGAGGAUGUGGUCACUUGUGUUGGUCAUAUCAUUGGUGCAGUUCUUGCAGACACACAAGAACAUUCCAGAAGAGCAGCUAAAGCUGUGAAGAUUACGUAUGAAGAGCUCAAACCUAUUGUCACAAUUCAGGAAGCUAUUGAUAAACAAUCCUUUCUUAAGUCUAUAAAGAAGAUUAUUAAGGGAGAUGUGAAGAAAGGAUUUGAAGAAUCUGAUCUCAUUUUGGAAGGAGAGAUGUACCUUGGUGGACAGGAGCACUUCUAUCUGGAAACACAGUGUACUGUGGCUGUGCCAAAGGGAGAAAGUGGUGAGAUGGAACUCUUUGUGUCCACCCAAAACUUAAUGAAAACACAGGAGUUUGUUGCCAGCGCACUGGGAGUCCCAUCAAAUAGGAUUGUGGUUCGAGUGAAAAGAAUGGGAGGAGGAUUUGGAGGAAAAGAGACUAGAAAUACCAUUUUGACAACUGCAGUGUCAGUGGCAGCCUUCAAAACUGGACGCCCAGUAAGGUGCAUGCUGGAUCGAGAUGAGGACAUGCUUAUAAGUGGUGGGAGGCAUCCUUUCCUUGGAAGAUACAAGGUUGGCUUCAUGAAAAAUGGGAAAGUCAAGAGUCUGGAGGUGUCGUACUACAGCAAUGGGGGCAACUCUACAGACCUCUCUCAUGGUGUUAUGGAUAGAGCCCUGUUACAUUUGGAUAACUCCUACAACAUCCCCAAUGUUAGCAGUGUGGGCACUGUCUGCAAGACCAAUUUGCCUUCCAACACAGCCUUCCGUGGUUUUGGAGGCCCCCAAGGAAUGAUGAUUGCUGAGUGCUGGAUGAGUGAUAUUGCUCAGAAGUGUGGCCUACCACCUGAAGAGGUACGGAAGCUUAAUCUUUAUAACGAAGGAGACCUCACUCAUUUUAACCAAAAGCUGGAGGGAUUUACUCUACGAAGAUGCUGGGAUGAGUGUUUGUCAAGCUCUAGCUUUCAUGCCAGGAAGAAACUAAUUGAAGAAUUCAACAAGCAGAAUCGCUGGAAAAAAAGAGGAAUGUGCAUUAUACCUACCAAAUUUGGCAUCAGCUUCACUAUCCCAUUUCUGAACCAGGCUGGAGCUCUGGUCCACGUAUAUACAGAUGGCUCUGUGUUAGUUACACAUGGCGGGACUGAGAUGGGUCAAGGACUUCACACCAAAAUGAUCCAGGUUGCUAGCAGGUCACUGGGAAUCCCCACCUCCAAAAUUUACAUCAGUGAGACCAGCACAAAUACUGUCCCAAAUACCUCCCCAACAGCUGCCUCUGUCAGUGCAGACAUCAACGGAAUGGCUGUCCAUAAUGCAUGUCAGACCAUCUUAAAAAGACUUGAUCCAAUCAAACAGUCUAAUCCCAAAGGAUCCUGGGAAGACUGGAUUAAAACCGCCUAUCAGGACUGUGUUAGCCUGUCGGCCACGGGGUUUUAUAGAAUUCCUGACCUUGGCUACGAUUUUGAAAAGAAUGAAGGGAAGCCAUUCUGCUACUUCAGUUAUGGCGUUGCCUGCUCUGAGGUUGAGAUAGAUUGCCUGACAGGUGACCACAAGAACAUUCGCACAGACAUUGUAAUGGAUGUUGGCACCAGUCUCAACCCAGCCAUAGAUAUAGGACAGAUAGAAGGAGCAUUUGUCCAAGGACUUGGGCUCUUCACCAUGGAGGAGUUACGCUAUUCACCAGAAGGGAACUUGUACACUCGAGGGCCUGGGAUGUACAAAAUCCCUGCGUUUGGAGACAUCCCAACAGAAUUCUAUGUAUCUCUUCUCCGUGACUGUCCAAACAGCAAGGCAGUUUAUUCAUCCAAGGCUGUGGGAGAGCCGCCUUUGUUCCUGUCUGCCUCAGUGUUUUAUGCCAUUAAAGAUGCCAUCUACUCAGCACGGAAGGACUCUGGCCUGACUGAACCAUUCAGGCUGGACAGCCCUGCCACCCCAGAGAGGAUCCGCAAUGCUUGUGUGGACAUCUUCACAAAAAUGUGUCCUUCUGCUGAGCCAGGGACCUUUAAGCCAUGGUCUGUGCGUGUGUAAAUGGAAAGUUUGAGGAGCAAACUCUCCUCAUGAAACUGCCUUGUGGUCCCUCUGUUGUAAACCCAGUAGGACUAUAAUGAGAAAAAAACAAUCUGUUCAUGUGGCUCAUCUACUGUGAUUCAUAGAGCUUUCACAAUUAAUUGUUCAAUCAUUGUUUCCUCUAGGAGAGAGGAUUGCUGCCAGUUUAUACCUGUGAUUUUUUUUUUUUUUUAACUGUGGGGAAAAGAAUUAUCACUUUAUCACCUUCUGCUGUAAUGCCAAGAAGGACUUAAAUGCAUCGAACCCAGAAAAAACAGUCCUCUUGUGGACAUGGGGAAAGGCAUUAGGGGCACUGAGGGCUGGACCCUAUUGUGUUGCCUCAGCACACACAGCUAGCUAUAUAUUAGAGGAAGAUGAGGAGGAAUUUUGACAUUAGCUAACUGUGGUGAAGGUCUUACAUAUAUAGCGGCCAUGAUUCAGAGAGCAACCCAGGAAUGUGACCGAUAGCUGAUUUAUCCUGUUCUAUGAGGAUUGCUUUGUCUACAGCAGGGCUUUAAUGAUUUUUGGUUCAUGUGCUGCCUUAUCUUCUCCAGUUAAAGCAAAAACUAGAGAUACCAAGACUUCCAGCAAGAUGCUGAUUCAUUCACAUGUUCAGCCUUUUUCCUCUACAUCUUUCCCUCAUCUUUUUAAAUAGAGGAAAGGACCUUGGAGCAACAAGAAGUUACUGAUCACUGUUCACAAGGCGAUUUAUACCAGCCUGGGUGAGGGAAGAGGGCAAGAAUGGACAAAGCUGGGGGAUUAGUUGGCUCUGUGUGUCCUCUAGGAACAAAUUCCUUGCUUUUGUGCUAUGGUCCUGCUGCCUUUUCAAGACAACUCUUCGUUUUGCUGAAUGUAAUGGAAUUAGGUGUUUUGCUACAUGGAUUGUUUGUCCAAAAAUAUGCUAAUGAUGUGAUGACCUCUUGUCUUUUGAGUUCAAUAUGUUUUUAAUGUUGGAUUAAAGUCUGGGCAGCCCUCUUCACAGGUUUUGUUACUGUCAGUAACACGGUGGCAUCACAUUUUCUCUAGAUGAUGCCAGCCACGUACUGUAACUGCUCAUCACAUGCAAACUUUUUCUAUUUAUCUGGCCCACAGCUCUAUGAAAAUGUCCUUUUUUUCAUUCUAGCACUCCUCGGGACAACAAAAAUAUGAGGCAAGAGGAUAUAACUUCAUUGUCUUAAAGGAAAUUUUGCAUACAUACAUCCUGCUUAAAAUUGGCUAACGUCUUAGGACUUAACAAUGUAUGCAGAGUUUGAAAUAUUUUUUGAAGCACUCCAGCGUAUACAGUUUGGAAAUAUUUAGAUGUAAUUCUCAGCUUGAAAUAUUAUAGUUCUACCAUCUGGAAAAAGAGAAUAUUUAUAUUCAAGUUACAGAAAGUAUUUUCUGCCUGCUGGAUUUUUUAAUUGUUUUAUUAAUUAAAAUAGAUGAUGGAUGUUUCUCUACUGAUGAGGUAGUGGGUGAGAACACAUUCUUGUUUUCUUCUGAAAGCUGGCCAUAUGUUAAAAAAUAAAAGGCAAAAACUGUUAGAGAAGGAAAA